AGAGAGAGAGAGAGAGAGAGAGAGAGAGAGAUAGAAAAGAAAAGAAAAUGAAAAAAAAUUAUUAAGAUUUUUUUAAAAAAUUAAUAAGAUCCCCUUUGGGGUUUUGCAGAAUGGCUCAGUCUGCCACUGUAUGAAGUGACUGGAUGAGCAGAUGUCCUGCUCGUCAAAUCUAUCUAAGACCCUCUGUAUUUUAUUAAAACCAAACUCGUUUUGGAUAUUUUGACUCCUCUCCUUCUCACUCGAUUGUGCCGUUGUUCAUCCGCUACAUUCAACUUACUACUUUCACUGAACACAAAGAGAGCGAGAGAGAGAGAGAGAGAAACCGAAAAAAAAGAAAAAAAAAAGAGAGAUGGGGAAAAAGUAGAUAAUAAUUUCUAGGUUAUCUGGGUAAUGAAAUGCUUUUGUAUAACGGAGCAGGGUGUUUUUUUUUUUUUUGUUUGGGUCUUAUAUUGGAUCUGGGUUUUUGUUAGGGUUUAAGGAAAAGGUGUGGUAAGGCAAGUGAGAGGAAAAACAAAAGUUGUGGUCUUUCUCAUAUACACAGAUCCCUAUGGAAUGCUGGGGUGCUCUACAGCAUUUUUCUUUUUCCUUUUCCUUUUCCUAUUUUUUUUUUUUUUAAGCUAGUAUUCAUUCUUUUUGUUUAGUUUAAAGAGAGCACAGGUUUUUGUUUGUUUUUAGAGAGAGAUUUUGUAAGUGCGUAGAAUGGAGAAUUUUUGGUAGUGGGUGUUUUUAAUUUUUAUUUUAUUUUUUCUUCUUGCAAACAAGCUGUUUAGCUACACAACAAAAAAACUGAGUUCUCUCGCUCAGUUUGGAGGGAAAGGAAAGAAAGAGAUAUUUUUGAUAUGAUUAGUUUAUUUCGUUCCAAUGAUUGAGUUGCCUUGCAACCGGAGCAAACACUACUCUGAUAAGUGAGAAAAAGAAAAGAAAAAAAAAAAAAAAAAAGGGAAGAAGAGAGAGAAAGAGAAGAUGAAGCCCAUGAAUGAUCAUAAUAAUAACAAUGGAAACAGCAGUAACUGGUUGGGUUUCUCUCUCUCACCCCACAUGAAAAUGGAGGUUACCACUUCUGAUCCUUCUCAUCAUCAUCAUCAUCAGUACUCUCAAGCUCAAGCUUCUUCAGCUUCUGCAACUAGCUUCUAUUUGUCUCCAUCUACUCAGCACCUCAACAACACCUCACCCAUUUGUUAUGGGGUCGGAGCAAAUGGAAAUGGCGGCUUUCACUCUCCUUUCUCUGUAAUGCCACUCAAGUCUGAUGGCUCUCUAUGCAUCAUGGAAGCUCUCAGUAGAUCACAAGCCGAAGGCAUGGUGCCAAGCUCGUCUCCAAAACUGGAAGACUUUCUAGGUGGUGCAAGCAUGGGAAGCCAUCAAUACGGAAGCCAUGAAAGAGAAGCAAUGGCGCUGAGCUUAGACAGUAUCUACUACAACAACCAAAAUGCGGAGCCCGAAGCUAACAGGGACGAACAUUCACUGGACCUUGUUCAACAACCUUACAGGCAACAAGAACAGCAGAUUCAUGUCCAAUCACACCCAUAUUAUUCUGGAAUCCCUUGCCAUGGAAUUUAUCAAACACCUCUGGAGGAAGAAUCUAAGGAGGAGACCACCCCUCACAUUUCAAACUGUGAUCCCCAAAUCUCUCAAAUGCCGGAGGGAGGAUUGCCUGCCCUGAAAAACUGGGUCAGCAGGCAGUACUCUGCUCAUCAUUCUCUGGAGCAGCAAAUGAAUGGCAACAUGGUUGAUGAUAGUGGGGCUUCUGGGUCUGUCGGUGCAAUGAAUUGUGGGGAUUUACAGUCUCUGAGUUUAUCCAUGAGCCCUGGCUCUCAGUCGAGCUGCGUUACUGCUCCAAGGCAAAUCUCACCUACCGGAACAGAAUGUGUGGCGGUGGAGACCAAGAAGAGAGGUCCAGGAAUGGUGGGUCAGAAGCAGCCUGUACAUAGGAAGUCCAUUGACACUUUUGGACAGAGAACUUCACAGUACAGAGGUGUCACAAGACAUAGAUGGACUGGUAGAUAUGAAGCCCAUCUCUGGGACAAUAGUUGCAAGAAAGAAGGACAAACCAGGAAAGGAAGGCAAGUUUAUCUUGGUGGCUAUGAUAUGGAGGAGAAAGCUGCCAGAGCUUAUGAUCUUGCGGCACUCAAGUACUGGGGGCCUUCUACCCACAUAAACUUCCCCUUGGAAAAUUAUCAGGCAGAGCUUGAAGAAAUGAAGAACAUGACACGUCAGGAGUAUGUUGCGCACUUGAGAAGGAAAAGCAGUGGAUUUUCAAGGGGAGCGUCAAUGUACAGAGGAGUGACAAGACAUCACCAGCAUGGAAGAUGGCAAGCUCGGAUUGGCAGGGUAGCAGGAAACAAGGACUUGUAUCUUGGGACAUUCAGUACACAAGAGGAAGCAGCAGAAGCUUAUGAUAUAGCUGCAAUCAAAUUCCGCGGUGUUAAUGCCGUCACCAACUUUGACAUAACCAGAUAUGAUGUCGAAAAGAUCAUGGCCAGCAGCACCCUCCUUGCGGGAGAGCUUGCCAGGCGCAACAAGGAGAUGGAACCGAGCAAUGAGGCUGUUGAUUAUAACCGGUCGACACAGAGUGGGGAAACCAACCAACCCGACAAUAGCAAUGGGAAUGGUUCAGAUUGGAAGAUGGUUCUGUACCCGUCCCAACAACAACAACAAUCAAAUACCUGUGGUGUUCAAACACUUGAUCAGAAACCAAUCAACUCGGGAAAUUAUCAAAAUGCCUCAUUCUCAAUGGCUAUACAGGACCUUAUGGGAAUCGAUACGGUGAAUUCUAAUCAGCCAUUGGUUGAUGAAUCAGGGAAGCUGGGGACUCAUUUUUCAAACUCAUCCUCGUUGGUGACCAGUUUGAGCAGCUCAAGAGAAGCUAGCCCUGAUAAAAAUGGCCCGGCAAUGCUAUUUGCAAGACCUCCGUUAGCAUCAAAGUUUAUUGGUACGCCAAAUGGGGGCGUUAAUACAUGGUUUCCAUCAGCAGCAGCCCAGUUGAGGCCUGCUGCAAUCUCAAUGGCUCACUUGCCUGUUUUUGCUGCUUGGAACGAUACCUAACAAAAAAAAGAAAAAAAAAAUACAAAAAGAAAAGCUUUAUGUGUUGGUUUAAACAUGUAAAGGUUUUGCAUGCACAAGGGGGCCAAAAAAAAAAAAAAAGAGUGAAAAAAGAAAGAAAGCAAGAAAUCGGUGGUGUUAGGGUGGGUGGGGAAAAAGGCGGGGGGAAGGUUGAAUUAAGUUCUUUUUAUUAUGUUACUAAAAGGUGUUUAGUGGAGGAAAUUGGUGUCUAAUGACAGACAGAAUGGGGGCCACUUCUCUCUUUCUAUGCAAAGUGUUAGGAACUUUUUCCUGGACCAAAACUUUUUGGUUCAUAUCGAAAUGAAAGAUUUUGCAAAA